AUGUCCUAUGAGACGAGGUCUGCUGCUGGUGGUGUUCUCCUCAAUGUGUGUGCCUGGCGCUACAUCUUCUCAUUUUGCUCCAGCGCGGCAGCCCAGACUGGAAUCGUCAUCCAAGCCGCCACACCCGCCAUCUUUCCUUUAGCAAAAGGCCAUGGCUCAAAGAUCUUUCGGGACGGCCUGAGGCUGGUCCUCAUCACAUUCCUUGUAUCAUCGGCCCUGUGGGCUCAAAUAGACUUCACCGGCAUCACGCUCGAUCCCACCUCGACAGCCGGAUGUCAAGUCGCCGUAAUUUUUACUACAAUCUUCGAUCAACUGGCCCGAUUCGCCAUCGAGCAGUUCCUACUAUGGGCUAUCAACGCCAACGCGAGAGCGCCGGCCGGCGCCAUCGUCUAUCAGGCUGUUCUCGGCGUGCGAUUCAUCCUGGGGGCUGUAUUUGUUGGGUUCCAAAAGGCACAGAUUGCCACCGUUUGUGUAGCCAGGAAUGAUGUUCUGGCCAUCGGGGCCAUCGUCAUGGUCACAGACUUUGCCGUAAUUGCUGCGCUUGCCUUCAGAGCCAACUCGAUAGGCAUCACGAGUGUUCAAGCGAAGAAGGCCAUUUUCUGGACCAUUGGCGGCCUCGCACUCUGGACGGCGACAAGCAUCCCGAUGCUUCUGGGCAUAGGCACGAUUGAGCUGAUAUUCCGAACUGCUCUCCCUGCCACAGGCCUGUCAAUUCUUAUCAGCAUUCUUAUAGGCUAUAUUGGGGUCUUACUACCCCCUCGCCAAAAGCAAGCGGUACAUCCGGAUGCCCAGUCACCGCGAAACAUCAGUUCCAGCAGAGAUAUCUCAACCUCAGAUUCCGACUAUCCACCGUCGCGAUAUGAGGACCUCAAAGCAGGCACGAUUACGACCGUCACGACUUUCAACCAACCUGUUGACUUUGGCGGAGGUGGUGGCGCUCUACCCACCAUUCCUAGUAUCGCUCCAGGUCAAGCAUCUACCGGUGUCGGCGGCGUCCCCGUGCAGGGUCAGCUCUUCCCGCCGAUGCGGGCACAGACGGCUCCCCCGAGGCAAAGCAGGAGCAUGGACGCGAGACCUAACAUCAUGAAAGGGCGAAGUAUAUUCGAUAAGAUUGGGCCCGGUUCGAACAUCAAGAAUGCCAUAUCCAGCCCGAUCCUCCAGGACAGCGGAGACCAGAACCCCCUGAGUAAGAUUGCCACCGUUGACCUCGCCACCGCUGCAAAGAACGACAGAGAGAAGAGGGGCAAUGACAUGUCGUUAAUGCUAAGAAAUUCGAGCUUCAAUGCGCAGCGCCCGGCUCCCAAACCCCCGGCGAUUACUCCGGAGGAGGCUCUCAAGCGGGCACAAAGUGGCAAGAGGAAGGAAAUCGGAUUGAAAUCGCCUCCUGCGAAAUCUCAGCAACUCACAUCGGUUGGGCUCAUGUCCAAUCCUCCCGCAACGACUUCAUCCGCUCAGCUUUCUCCUGGCGUGGAGGAAAUCAGACGCCGAUCCCCUAGGCAAAUGCCAGAGACCUUCCAGCAGCUGCAGAACGAGAAGGAAAAGAGACCGGUCACCCCCCCGCAGACCGCACCCGUUAGCAGCAUCUCUCCGCCUCGUCCGCAACGGCCGGAAAGACCCCUGAGCCCCUUUGAGACGAUGGACAAGUCAGCGAGCCAAAGUACCGUGGCGAGGUCCAUGAACCAGAAGACGCAAAAGACACUCGAUCGUUCCGUGAGCCAGAAGUCCUCCACUGUGACCGAGCUCACAAUCACGUCACCGCCGCUUGGCCUGGUACCUCCACCUCCGCCCAAGAGCACCGCUCGUUUGAUGUCGCCGAAGAAGCCGGAUGUGCCAUUGUCAUGGCCCAUUCAGACCGCAGUUGAUCCGACUAUCCGCCCAUCGAGGCAGAAUCCUCUUUCGCCGACGACGCCCGGUGGUAGUAGUCUGCAGCGAAGGCCGACCGGUGGCCUGCCGUCAAAUCCGAGGGCGUUGCCCAUGAGACCUUUGCCCAAGGACGCGGUUCCACAAGAGCAGACUGUCAUGUUCGUGAACAAAAUCCAGUACAACGACCCAACCGCAGUGCGAAGCAUCAUUGAGGGAGCCUCGAAUCAGGCCGCCAAGACGCCCCUUCAGCAGUCUCCUGGGCCAGGGCUUAAGUCAUCAGGCUCUAUCGUUCAUCGUCCUCGCCCGAUCCCCAGACAGCUGGGCAAGGACCGUCAGAUCUUCCCAGCGGAGAACUCCCCUAAUCACAGGAGGAGCAAAUCUGGUGGUUCCAUCAUGAGCAGGAAGUCGAUCUUGUUGUCGAAUCCUGGCAGCCCGACUCAGCUACCACCUCUGCCACCACCGCCUAAGAGCGCCGGGAACCAUCCUAUACGCGCACUGCCAAACGACACAAAAAGCAUGACCUUUGACGAGAAGAUGGACCUUUUCUUCCCGGGAGGCUUCGUCAACUCUCAGGCUGUCGUCCAGCCAAGAACGCCAGUUCCCGAGGUGCCCAUGGUUCCCCUGGCAUUCAAACCUGCAAGCAACUCGGCAGGUGAUGAGAGGGAUGCGUGGGAUUCAAGAAGCAGCCGUGAUCAGUCCAAACAAUCCGAUCGCUCGACGAAAACGUCCAUCAGAACUCAGAGUAUUCUUGAUAUCGAAGAUUCAGUCAGACCAGACAUGCCUCGAAACACCUCCAAAUUCAGCGUCGAUACCUCCGUCAUCACUGGAAGACCUGACGAGCAUGAGUCUUGGAUUCCCGCUUUACCUGUCAACGACAGUGUGGGGGUCAAGCAAUCGUAUGAUGGAGCGAAGCGCCAGUCAUCACCCGUCAUUCCGGUCCGCAACCCCAGUCUCUCUGAGUCCAGUGACACCAGGACGGUUAGGACUCGCGAUGAGGAGACGACGACAAACUGGGGAUCCAUCCACUCACCUGUUGCUCCAGUGAAUAUUCAAGAGGUUACGCACAUGCCGAAGCCGACAUGGAUUCAGCCGCGCGAUUUGUCGAUGAUCAGCCACAAUGACGGUAAGGAGGUGAUGACAAUCAUGCUCGACGCAUCUGUUGAGCACGAGAGAGAUGUCGAAGCUCCUCAGGAGGCUCACGAAAGCCCUGUCGACCUCCCAGAGGUGAGCCUCGCGAACAGAGGCGCUCGCUGGCAUCGCCGUAUCGGGGACGAGAGCAUUACGUUCACUGAGCGCAAGGAGCCUGUGCAGUCGCGCAGACAGCCCCCGCCGAUGGCUCUCCAGCUCAGAUCCCCCGUCAAGAAGAACACGAUCGUGAUGCAUGCGACGGAACCUUCGCCGUUGGAGUCGCCGCAGCAUGCUUACGAAAUGAUUCAAGCGCAACUCGAGAAACUGGAACAGCCGAGUAGAGACUCAUACGAGAGCCAAGGGCAGAGAAUUCGUCUUCUGGAGUCUUUGGAGGCUGAAAUGGGGCAGCAAGAGAACCAAUGGCACGAUAUGCAGCAUGGUCUCAGCCGGGACUCCAUGUCAACAGUUGGGACGACAUCGGUCCGCAACUCGCAACACGAAUCUGCAGUCGUCAACUCGCGAAGCCUUGCCCAGAUUGACGAGUCACUCCAAGAGAUCCCGCAGCGCAACAACAUUGCGUUAGACCGGCGGAACUCCCGCCGCGCUCGGGCGGGCAGCAUAAGCAAGUCGUCGUCCGAAGACCUGGGGACGCUAAGCGCCUCGUCCCUCUCCUCCGACGGCACCAACAAUAACCGCACCAGUCUUUGGCAGCAGCGACUUGCGGAUGCUCAAUUGGAAUAUAUGGAGAAUGCUUCCGAACUAUUGGCGAAGCGAAACCUCAACUUCUUGUCUGUCUCAAAAGCGCCCUUGAGUGCGACUGCUGCGGCGCUGCACCUGGGCAGUCCUACCCCACCGGACACCGACGAGGAGUCCGACGGCGAUGAGAACGCUCAGAUACUCGCGAGGCUCAUGCCGAACGAGCGAGCUCCCGCACCCCCGGAAUGUCUGUGGAAACCCGACUCGCCAGUUUAUUUUAAGCGCGAACCACCGCUGCUUUGGGCUCCUCCCGCAAAACAUGUCGCGACUAAGUUUAUUUUCCCGAGCGGCGCCCUGCCUGGGCUCUCCGUCCGCCCUGCGACACGCAAGGUCUCCGAUCACCUAAAUAUUGUGAGCUCGCAACUUUGGCAGCCGGAUCAUACUGCUGCUAAGAAGCUGCGGCCCACCUCCGGACUCUGGCGUGUCUCUUGGAGUCCUGAGCCCAUCAAGGACAACCUUCAGCAGCCCCAGCGUCCCCUGACCCAACGUCCACCAAGGCGUAGCAAGCGUGUCACACUGUUGCCCGAUAUCCUUGAAAGCCCGCAACCACUUCCUGAUAAGAGAGAUACGCUCGGUAUCUUCCAGUUCCCUUGGGGCGAGAAGUCGGACACCGCCACCGUCCAACCGCGCGGGCCAAGUCAUAUGUUUAUGGCUAUGCCUGGUACUAUGUCUACUGGUGGACCUGCAGUACGUGCCGCGUUGGAAGCUCGUGCAAAACAAGUCGAAGCUGAAGAAAACUCCUCUUCCUUCUUUGACGACUACGACGAAGAAGAAGAAGGCGACGACGAAGUAUCUGACAUUGAAGAGGACGACGAUAGCGACGACGGCUUUGACGAGACUACGCUCUGGGAAAUCGCCAGUCUCCUCCAGUCCGAUCAGGUGCCAUCCAAGAACAGCCUGCUGCCUCAGCCUAUGACAUACCGCCCAGAGUCCUUCGCCGAAGAGUACAUUUCUGAGCGCUCUCAAUCGGAGUACGAAGACUCUGACGAGGAGAAGACAGCCGAGGGCAACGACGACACCAAGCACGACUCCAUGGUCAUCACCAUCGCCGCCGAGGAGUUACCCUCCUCGCCGGAACCCAUCUCCCUUCUCUGGGCACCAAAGCCAAAGCAGUUCGUGAGCCGUCGCAGCUCGACAGGCCUUCCGCGACCCGAUCCCCGUAUGUGGGGAAGCUACAUCGAGAAGAUGAGCGCCCCUGCCCGCGUCCGCGAGCGUCUCCCAGAGCCCGCCGUCAUCUACAGUACUGCUCUAUGGAGUCCGGCGGCGAAGAAGCCGACGGUGGUUAAGUCGAAGACUUCUCUCUGGAGCAAGCCGCAGCAAUGCAAGAAGAAGACGGCGACUAUGUGGGCUGCUCGUCCCGCAGUCGUCUACACCGAGUCUACUGGCCUGUUCAGCCCCAGCCACAAGCGUGCAUGCUUCAGGACAACUUUUGCUCUCCCCGUCGGCCUCGGCAUGCCCUCUGGCGCCCGCGUGACUUCCGAGGAGCUGCCCCAGCUUGAAUCGUUCAAACUGUGGGCUCCUACUACGGUAGAGUCCCGCGUUGAAGACUGGAUGUCCCUCUCCAUCGCAAGACCCAGCUCCCGCGCCACAUCCGGCCGCUCCACACCGUCCCUAGACACCGCAUCAACAAAAUCUUACGACGAGGAAGUUGCAUCCGACUUUGAGCCGCUCCCAGAAGUGCCCGUCAAGCAACCUACGUGGUGGGAUUCACUCGAGUCCCAAAAGUCCGCUACAGCGCCCACCUCCACGCAGCCCGAACCCCUUCGCCGCACAACCGCGACGUCCGCGCAAUGGGUGGCUGCCCUGAACGAGGCCAUCGGCGCGAUCCCCUCUCCACGGCUCGUUCGCAAGACAUCCACCCCAUCGGAGUGGUCAGACGCCUUGAACAAAGCAGUCGUCUCAUCCUCUUUUAACGCAGCAAUGUCUCACCCGGCCUUUGCAGGCUCCGUGACGACAAACACUGUCUGCGAUCCCGCCGUCGCAAACCCCGUCUUCUUCACCCCUUCUACCACCAACUCCGUCGAGGAGCUUCCCCUGACGUCAAGCGUGCCCCUCUGGGCCGCCCCCGUCGUUACAGUGCCCAAGGACACGGGCAUCAUGUGGAUUCCGCCCACGAAGCCCCACCGCCACGCCCACGACACGACGCCGAUGAAGCCCGAGGAUCCGGAAUCCCGUCGCCUGCGCAUCAAGCGCGCAAAAACGGAGACGAGGACCGAUCCGUCCACGCUCAGCCUCGUCAGCUUUGACGGCCAGGCCAUGUGGGACGGCGUGUACGGCGCCGAGCUCAGACACGUCACGCCUUUGGGCGGCGGCCGAGACUGGCUCGAGGAUGCGGAUCAACAGCUGCCUACGGAAGAGCUUGUUUUCCUGCUCUGA